AUGGCGGCAAUUUCGUCGAUCACGAAGCACUUCAACAGAACGCUGGCGCUAUCAUGUACAUUGAUCGCUAUAUCGCAACUCAAUUAUGGAUUCGAUAACCAGGCAUUCUCAACAACGCAGUCCAUGACUGCAUUCACCAAGCAGUUUGGCGAAUAUAAUCCUAAGACAGGAGAAUACGCAAUACCGACAUAUUUUCUUUCCCUUCUAAACAGCUUGAACUAUAUCGGAUUUGCGGUCGGCUUGGUGAUUGGAAGUCUCCUCAGCGAGAGAUACGGUCGUCGCUGGUGCAUGUUCGUCAUGAGUUGCUAUGCUCUUGUCACCGCGACGAUUACUGUGACUUCUCAAACCCGCGGCCAGAUCCUUGCUGCGCGCAUACUGAAUUAUAUUUACGUUGGAAUGGAGUUAUCGGUCGUGCCUGUUUAUCAGUCAGAGAUCGUACCAGGUCCAGUCCGGGGCUUCAUUGUAGGCACAUAUCAAUUAAGCAUCAAUCUUGGAGGAUUGAUAAUUAACAGUAUUUGUCGCGGAACAAGCACACUGGAAGGCAAUAACUCGUGGAGAAUCCCUUUUGGGUUAUUUUACAUCAUUCCCUUUACCAUUAUGUGUCUAAUCUGGUUUGUACCAGAAUCUCCUCGCUGGCUCCUGCGACAGGAACGCUUUGAAGAAGCCGAACAAUCUCUCAAGCGCCUCCGGCACGGAACAAUGACAGACGAUGCGAUUCUAUCGGAGUUGGCCACCUUACGGAUCGGUCUUGCGAUUGAACCGGAGAAAGGAGCAUUCAAGGAACUCUUACAGGAUGUCAAUUUGAAGCGUACGGCCAUCGCGGUUGCCAUCAGCUUCUUCCAACAAGCUACAGGCCAAUCCUUUGCUAGUCAAUAUGGUGCAACUUUUGUGAAAUCGCUCCACACAAUCAACACCUACAACUACACAAUUAUCACGAGCUCUAUCGGAACCGUGGUAUGUCUCUGGUCGAACUUUUUCAAUGACAAAAUCGGCCGACGGAAGCUCUUUAUCGCUGGAAGCAUUGUCCAGGCCGUGGCUUUGUUCACAAUGGGUGGUCUUGGGACCGCAAACCCGGUAACAACGCCGGAAAAGACCGCUAUUGUGUCAAUGAUGGCUAUCUUUGCUGCUGGUUUCGGCCUCGGCUGGGGCCCAUUAACCUAUGUCGUUGUGACCGAGCUGCCCGCCCUUUCUCUUCGUGACCAUUCACAGCGAGUCUCGGCGCUUGUGAAUAUUGCGGCGAACUUCGCAGUGACGUUCUCGAUACCUUAUCUUCUCGAUGAUGGGUAUGCAGGGCUGCACUCGAAGGUGGGGUUUAUCUUCGGUAGCGUUGCGGUCUGUGCAGGCGUUUUUAUUUAUUUCUGUGUGCCCGAUUGCCAAGGCAAGUCACUAGAGGAUGUGGACCGUCUUUUCCAUGAGGGAAUCCCAGUGCGAAGGUUCCGAGACCAUGAACUGCCGCCAUUGGAGAAUGAACAAGGUGUAGAAAAGAUAAGCGAUAAGAGCUAG